UCAGCUAUCAUUAUUCUCAACUUUUCCAUUGAAAUGACAAAUUCUUCAUUUCCAUCCAUUUAAAAGGAGAAUUUAUUUAGUACAUCUUUGCAAGGACUCCAAAUAGAUUAUCCUGACUGUUUAUAGACCUCAAACAAAGCAAAGGAUAUGACAACAAGAUGUGAAAUGUGCUUUGUUUAAUAGACUUCAUGUGUAUUAUGGAUGUCGAGAGUCAUGAUAUUUGAACAAUCAGAAAGACUAUAUCCCACUCAAGAGUAAAUUUGAGCUGCCUUGCUAUUGAAGUGUUGAUUUAACUGAUGACAACAACUUUUCCUUGGAUUUUUCUUACCCAAUCCUGGAUCAGAGUAAAUAUAACUAUUAUUUUGGAUAACAGCUGUGAUAUCAUAAUACUUUUUAAUUUGUGAGUGCAGAGAGGGAAAAUAUGUGUCGAAAAGGAACCAAGGGAAAUAUGACAUCUCUCAAGUCAGAGGAGAUGUAUUAGAUUUUUUUAUUUAAAUGUGAAACAUAAACUUUACUGGAAGGGAGUAGGAUCUUAGGACAAUGAUCUUUCAUUGACCAAAUUAUAGGUAGGCUGCAUGAAAAGUUCUUUUAUGCUUAACAUCAUAUUCUUUUAGUGAAAUUUGUUUAAUGUUUACAACAACUAUGGAGAAUUACAAUAUAGUGAUGCAUUUUGGCAAUGAGAGUUUACACAAUGAUUCUUUGGAAACAACACCAUCUCCCCCAAUAAAUCAGCCUCCGCCAACACUACAAGACAUUCUGAACCAGUACUGGGAGUAUCGCUUUGCCCAGGCUUUCGGGGUUUAUGUAUUCCCCAUUGUCAUUUUUCUGGGAACCAUAGGUAACAUCUUAACUUUUCUAGUUCUAUGCAGACAUUCCAUGAGAACAACUUCCACUUGUAUUUAUAUGCAGGCCAUUGCGGUCAUGGACUUAGCCGUGCUGUAUAUCAACGCUUUCAGGAGAUGGCUAACCAUUCUGAAUGAAGGCACAGACAUUUCCACAAGGAACCACGCUGCCUGCAUUACCAUUCAUUUUCUUUCCUAUUUAACCUACCAUUAUUCUGUCUGGUUAGUAGUUGCAAUGACCGUGGAGAGAUUUAUUGCCAUUCAUUUUCCUCUUAAAGCUGCCCAAAUGGCCACCAUCUCAAGAGCCAGAAAGGUAACAAUAUUGCUUUUAAUCAUUUUUGUUGUCAUCAACAGUCACAUGUUUUGGACGGUGACCAUUGAUGACCGUGAAUUCUGUAUCCCUGAGGAGAAAUAUGAAGACUUCCAUGAUAAAGUGAUGCCUUGGUUGGAUGCUGCCAUUUAUUCCUUUGCUCCGUUUGUUGUGUUGCUGACAUUUAACAUUUUAAUCAUUUAUGACAAUAGGAAGGCUACUUUGAGAAGACGCUCCAUGCGGAGUCAGAAUCAAAGGAACAACAGAUCAGAUUCCAGACAACAGUUUCACCAAAGACUCACUGCCAUGUUGCUUUCCGUCUCCUUUGCAUUUUUAGUGUGUACCAGUCCUAAAGUUAUCUUCAUGUCCAUCAGAGAGAGUGCUUUUAAGUUCAUUGUGGAUGGAAAAGUGAAUUACCAUGGUUACGCCUCCUACUUAAUGGCUUCUCGUAUAUCUGACUUUUUUGUGUAUUUAAAUCAUUCCAUUAACUUUUUCCUGUACAGCAUUCAUGGACAGAGAUUUAGACGAGAGCUGAAGAAGGUGUUGUGCUGUGCUCAGGGUGGAUUAAGGCGGCUCAGCACAAUCUCUCAGAGCCUGGAUGUCAAUAGUCGUGUUACCACUGACACAUUCUCACUCAGUAGCUAUCGUACGAGGAACGGUCCUGGUAUUGUUAAUCACAAUCCAGCUUAUAACAUCACAGACAAUGAGGAGUGAAUUCUUUUGAAACCUUGCAUUGGGAAAUAUACUUCUGCUUGCUUUCUAUGGUGUUUUUAUACAAUAAUUUUUACUGGACACAUCACUUCUUUUACAGCUUAAUAAAUAUACAUCAUGUAUUUUAAAUCUUUGGAUCUUUCAUAUUCUAUUGAAAA